CGGCGUCGGACUUCCGGGUGCGGCCGGCGGCGCGGGGGACGGUGCAGAAUGGAAGGUGACCCAGGCGGCCCGGAAGGGCUCAGUCCCAGGUUUGACAAGAAGAAGAAGAAAAAGAAGAAGAAGCAGCGGCAGCCGGACUCCCGGGGCCGGGAGAGCCCAGGGCCACUGGCGCACGCGGGCCUCGGGGACUCCGAGGACCCCGCUCCGGCCGAGGAGCAGCCCCGGGGAGCGAAGGGGAAGAAGCGGAGGAGGGAGGCUCGGCCCCUCUCGCCCCCUCAAGUCCUGCUCAGCCCCGAGGCUGCCGGGCCCGAGCCCGUGGGCCCCCGCGGGAAGAAGCGGAAGGGAAGUGCCUUGGGAGUGGACGAGGAAACGGGGGUCGCGUAUGUCCUGGUGGACAGAGAGGACAGCGAGAACGAGGCCAAGGACUUAUGGAGGGACGUCGAUAUCGUGUACGUGGACGUGAGCAAGGUCCAAGGGGCCGCCCCCGAGCCCGGGGCCCCCGAGCCCUCGGCGGCUGAGGGUUCCCCUCAGAACCAGCCCGAGGAGCAGAGUCCUGCCAAGAAGAAGAAGAAGAAACGGCCUCGGGACACAGGGCCCGGCAGCCCUGGGCCCACACCCCGGGACAGUGACGGGGCGCAGCACAGCCCGCGGGGGACGCCCCGCCACGGGCCGUGGGGUGCCGAGUGGGAGAGCCCGCGCACACCCAGCCCCUCGCAGCUGAGGGCCUGCCCCGUGCCCGAAACCCCGCCCGCUCCCCCGCCGGGACAGGGGCACAGGAAGAAAGCCAAGAAAAAGAAGAGGGAGCUUUUGGGGAGCUGGGACCCCAAGGCCCCGGCCACCGUGUCCCCCGAGUCCACAGGGAGCGGGACCCCGGAGGCCGCCACGGGACGCGGUGCUGAGCCGGGCAGCAGGAAGAAGACCAAGAAAAGGCAGCCGAGAGCUGGGGUGCUGGGGACUGCACCCCAUGGGAGCCCCGGGCAUCAGGACCCGCUCGCAGAGCCCGAGGAAGGCGUCAGGACCACCGCGGGGGUGGCGGAGAGCGAGAUCCCAGAGACCCCAGACACGGAGGAGCGGCCCAGGGGACGCACAGGGUCUCAGCUUCCAGACGAGAGCGCGAGCACCAAGGACCCGGCCCGAGAUGCCGAGACCAGAUGCCCGUCGGAAGGUCCCGAGGACUCGGGCGACUCGGACGUGGACCUGGGCGCGGCCGUGAGGCAGCUGCAGGAGUUCAUCCCCAACAUCCGCGCCCGCGCCGCCACCACCAUCAGGCGCAUGUACCGGGACGACCUACAGCGCUUCCAGGAGUUCAAAGCUCAGGGUGUCACUAUCAAAUUUGGCAAGUUCUCUGUCAAGGAAAAUAAGCAGCUGGAGCAAAACGUGCACGAGUUCCUGGCGCUGACGGGCAUUGAGAGCGCAGACAAGCUCCUGUACACGGACAGGUACCCGGAGGAAAAGGCCGCGAUUACCGACCUGAAAAGGAAAUACUCCUUCCGCGUGCACAUAGGGAAAGGCAUUGCCCGGCCCUGGAAGCUCGUGUACUAUCGCGCGAAGAAGAUGUUCGACGUCAAUAACUACAAGGGCAGGUACAGCCCGGGAGAGGAGGAGAAGCUGAAGGCCUACCACUCCCUGCACGGGAACGACUGGAAGAAGAUCGGGGAGAUGGUGGCGCGCAGCAGCCUCUCCGUGGCCCUCAAGUACUCCCAGAUCAGCUGCGAGAGAAACCGCGGUGCGUGGAGCAAGGCGGAGACGCAGAAGCUGACCAAGGCGGUGGAGGAGGUGAUCCUGAAGAAGCUGUCUCCCCGGAGGCUGAGCGAGGUGGACGCGAAGCUGCAGGCGCACCCCGAGCAGCGCCUGUCCAUCGUGCGGGAGCGGCUCUACAAGGGCAUCUCCUGGGUGGAGGUGGAGGCGCGCGUGGAGACCAGGAACUGGAUGCAGUGCAAAAGUAAGUGGAUGGAAAUCCUCACCAGGAGGAUGACAAACGGGCGGCACGUGUACCGCGGGGUCAACGCGCUGCAGGCCAAAGUCAACCUCAUUGAAAGAUUGUAUGAAAUCAAUGUGGAAGAUGCCAAUGAAAUCGACUGGGAGGAUCUUGCUGGUGCCAUCGGCGACGUCCCUCCGUCGUACGUUCAAACCAAGUUCUACAGGCUCAAAGCCACCUGUGUGCCCUUUUGGCAGAAGAAAACGUUUCCAGAGAUCAUAGACCACCUGUACGAGGUCACCCUCCCCCUGCUGAAGGAGAAGCUGGAGAAGCUGGUGGAGAAGAGGGGCAGCGAGAUUCAAGCCCCCGCGGCGCCCAAGCCGGCCUUCCUGUUCCGGGACAUCUUCUGUGCCGACGACGACGACAGCGAGGGCGGCGAGGAGAGCGAGGGCCGCUGAGGCUGCACAGCGCCCCUCACGGCGCUUCCCGGAGACCCUUCAGGGGCCACAAGUGCCUUGCUCGGAGCAGCGCGCGCCCGGCUUGGGCCGAACGGGAAGAAGACAGCGCUGUCGGCUUCCGCUUGCAGAUGGCCGCAGCCGAUGGUGCUGACCAGCCGGGCACCCGAGCCCGCUCUCCGCACGGCCUCCCGGGCCUGAGCUCUGCCCCCUCGGCAGGCACGGGGCACACGGGGCCGGGCACGCAGGGUGGCACUUCUGUGUCCUGGAAGUGUCCUGCACGCACCCUCUGGCCAGGGAAGGUGUGGGUGAAGCUCGUGUGUGCCGCCUGCCCCCUGUGUCCACCGUCUCCCUCAGUGGACGCUGGCUGCAGAGGUGCGUCUGCACGCUGCCUGGUCUCCGGACGCACUCGCCGAGUUGACCUGCCCCAGCACAGAGCAGCUGCCGCCGCGCCAGCCUGCCCGUCCGCCGCUGUAGGGCAGUGGGCCGCUUUCAUCCUCGUGAGACACGGGGGUCUCGGGAGCGGCUGACACCUACCACGGCUGCAGAGAUUUUAUUUUUUAAUGAAAAUACAUUUAUAGGAGGGAGAGUACGGCAGGGAGGGCACUCGCCUUGCACGCGGCUGACCUGGUUUGAUCCCCGGCGUCCGGCUUGGUCCCCCGAGCCUGCCAGGACCGAUCCCUGAGCACCGCCAGGUGUGGCCCAAAAUAAUAAAAAUAAAACAAAUUUUGUAGCUCC